AUGGAGAAGUUAGAAGCUUACGUAGCAAAUAUUUCAUCGAUUGAUUGCAACCGCAUGCAUUUCUUUGAUGAGUCGUCUGUAGUUGUUACGAGUGGCAACAGACGUCGAGGGCACAGUAUUCAGGGUACUCCUGCAUUUGAAAUCCAACGAUACGCUUCUAGUGCCACAUUUACUGUAAAUUUAUUACAUAAUGUAAACGGCGUAUCGCAUUAUAACAUUCUUAGAGGGCCGUCAAACGGAUUAGAAUUGCUAAAUUUCUUCGAUGAAGCUUUUGAGAUAGACGACAUUCUUGGAAACCCUGUCAUUAAAGAUGAUGAUGUUAUUGUGAUGGAUAACUGCGGCUUUCAUCAUGGUAAUAAUGUAGAACCACAAUUACGAGGUAUGCUACAAGACAGAAAUGUGGAAUUAAUUUAUCAACCACCUUAUCAUCCGUGUUACAACACAUGUGAACAGUGUUUUCAUCAUAUGAAAACAAUACUGCGUCGAUACACAAAAUACACCGAGAAAUACACUGAACUGUGCAUUUCCGAUGCUAUAGAAAUGAUAGACGAGGGUCUCUCAAGACAGUUUUUUAAGUUUUGUGGAUAUACAUAA